AUUAUCCCUUCAAGAUUGAGUCGACGAUGGCGGGACAGGAUGCCGCAGCGUCAGAGGUAGCUGAGUUUGUGCAGCUAUUCUUCGUACACCAAGUGGACUCAGGGGGCUGCACGUCUCAAAGCCUGCUACGCGGACUAGACAUCAUGAUGACCUGUCUUGUGGACGUGGGCGGGAAACAGAAGAAACAAGCGGCAGUGACAAAACAGGACAUGACCGAGUAUCGCGCGGGCCUCCGGAAACCGCGAGACGUGAUGGCGAAUCCAGUCUUUGCACGCAUGAUGGCAAAGAAGCGGAGAAAAGUUUGUGGGUAUAUCUUCAAAGCAGACGAAGUUGCAUACAGUUGCCGCGACUGCCAACACGACUCGACGUGUGUCAUGUGCCAAGCGUGUUUUGCCGACAGCAACCACGACGGACACGACGUAUCGUUCCAGCGUACGUCUGCUGGGGGGUGUUGUGACUGCGGGGAUCCCGAAGCAUGGGCGAAGACCGGAUUUUGUACAAAGCACCCCGGUCGCGACAACGACUCGACGAGUUCUGGGACUGUGCCUUGUCCCGAGACGGACCUGCCCCAGGGGUUGUCAGUCGUGGCAGGACCGUUGAUCGAUGCCGUGGUGCAGUUCUUGUUUGACGCGCUCGUGACAUCGGAGCAGGGAUUGCGCGUCGGCGAAGGCAUGACGGCUCUCGGCUCCCGGCUCACGGACGACAUGAAAAAACAGUGGAUGGACGUGGCAUCCACCGUCGAACCAUACGAGGACGACCAAGAGCUCAACUACGACACGCGCCUGCAUAGCGACGACAUCCACCCGUUCUCCGACGUGAUUCGAGCCCUACGAACCCACACCGGCGCGACCAGAUCCGAAGCCAUCAAGCUCGCCAACAAGUCGGACGCCGACGGGUACACGCAGAUUUGUCUGUCGACACAAGUGCGCGCGGUGGCCCUUGUGGUCUCGCUCGACAAGUUUACGACGUCGGUCGUGCCAUACGAACUGUACGACAUGCGGCGCGUGCCCGUCUUGAUCGAGUGGCUGCGGUCGCUCUGUGAGAUUUCGGACGGGUUGGCGGCGCUCGUGUCGCGGAGCAUCGAAGCCCGCCGCACGCAUCCGUGCGCGGACGUGAUGUCCCUCUUGGCGGCGCUGGUCCAACGCGCGUCGCUUCGGCAACAAUCGGCAGACAAGGCGGCCGUGCGCAAACUCUCGAUCGACCAGUGCUUGAAACAUCGGUGGAAGGUCAGCCGCGACGCCCUCUUGCACGUGUCCACGGUGCUGCACCCCCCCGAUAAUCUGGGCGAGUGGGUGGAUUGUCUGACCAAGAAGCAAGCCAACUCGUUUGCGUGGGGCGCGCUGGUGCCGGGGUGCCUGGGGGAUUGCCUGGAAAAGGUGGCCAAGGCGUACCCGGCUCUGCUGGACGUGUGCCAGGAGACGGCGGCGGCGUUCGCGCCGUCUCCAUCGUCCCUAGCCGCGCCGGCGCCGAGUAUGCUCGACAUUUUAGUGCGCAACUACUGCUUGCUCACCAAGCCGGCGAUCCACCAAGUCAACUUGUUCAUGCACGAACUGAUCUUGAACCAAUCGAUGAAGCAUGCCAUGAUGGAUGCGUUCGUGGACGGGUACGCUCAAAACACAGCCACGUACUUGAAGGGACUCGGGGCGUCCAGCGACAGCAUCUUUGACUUUGCCACGCAGCUGCUCACGGUGCCGUCGCUCCUCGCCAAGUACCCCAAGACCCUCGUCACGACGCUGUUGGAUGCGCUGGCGUCGGUGCUCAGCACGAGCAUGGGCGUCCGCACCAAGCCAGACGGCACCACAUGCCCUGAAUUCCGACCUGACAGUAUCGCUAUCAGCCAUUCCAAGUACAAGCACGCGGGCGACCAUUUGGAAUUCGUGCUGGCCCACGGCAACCCCACCGACCUGCUUGGCCACGACGUCAACUUUUCCAAGUGGUUGCAGUGCCUCACUGUGUUGCAGUUUGCCGAUGCGCAAGUUCGUCGAGGUCGCGACGAGCCCCACGUCGAGUACGAAUCCGACACGUGGUUUGCCACGUUCAACUUGGGCAUCAAAUUGCACGCGUUAUUUCCGCUGGUGCUCCAUGGCCUAACGACGUCAUCCAGCCCCCCUCUCUGCGCCAGUCUCAUGCGACACGUGAUGCGCGCGAUCGACCAAGUCAAGGGCUCGUCCCUGGAGGUGACUGCCAAAUCCAUGCCGGCGUUGGCCGCUGGUUCAUCGGGGGGUGUUGCCUCGUUCGAUGCCACAGAGGCGUCGGUGGUGGUGAUGGCCGCCGACGGAGCCCCUCGCGCCGCGUCGUCGCUGCACAUUCCGUUGCAUCGGUUCGUAUCGGCCAUGCUCAAGCAAGUCCUCGUGUUGUCCAAGGACUCGGACCUGUCGUCGUGGAAGGCGUCGCUUGGCCUGGACUCGCUCGCGGACGUCGUGCUCCUCCUUGACGCGCCCCUGCAGUGCUUGGCCAUGUCGAGCCAGAUCCAAGCCAACCUGUGGCGCCGCAACGGCGACGAAAACAUGGUCACCCAGCUGUUCAACUAUUGCGCCAUGCCGUACUGCGUCAACUUUCGCGACGCCGAUCUGUUCUUGCUGCAGGUGGGCGUGCUGCUGCUGGGCGCCGACCACGUAGUGGCGUUGGUGGUCGAUCGAUUUGGGUUGCGGUCGUACUUUACGGACGCUGACGACGCCACGGUGUCCCCCACGGCCACGUACGACAAGCACCAGGAGCUACAAAUGGUGGACGAAGCGCUGCGGUUGCUGCUGGUGCUGUCGACAAACGUCCCGUCUAGCACAGGAAGCGACCACGAAGAUGCGUUUCUGCGCGAAGAACUGGUUCACCAACUGCUCGUCCGACCAAGUACAUUCAGUGAACUGAGUGACAACGUGUCGCUGCCGUUGGGGGGCCAAGACAUGUCGGCCCCCAUCGCCCGCCUCGAGCCGCUGUUGCAACAAGUGGCGAGCUUCCAGGCCCCGGUCGGGUUGGAACCGGGCAAGUAUACGAUCAAGGCCGACAGCAUCGUCCAGUGCAACCCGUACCACAUGCACUUGAACCGGGAACUGCACGAAGAGGCGCGCGAGAAGAUCCUCGAGCGCCCGAACGCGACCCCGCCGUUUGUCCCGGCCACGGCGCCGCUGCCGCACCUGGCGGACGUGCAAUCGUUGCUAAUCACGUCGAGCACGGUUGAACUGGUCAAGUGUGUGCUCCGUCGUCGAUGCGACAAGGACAACAACGCGCGGUGGACGGAGGCGCUGGUGUCGACCGCGCUGGACGUGCUUGUGUAUGGCGCCCAAGUGGCCUCGACGCCGUCGUACUGGGAAUUGGUAGCGCCGUUGAUCGUGUACUUGGUCGAGUUGGAGCGUGCCGAGGACAAGGAGCACCGUCACGUGGUGUCGUGGCUGCUGGAAGAAUACGCGCGUCGGUCGCCUGUCUGCGCCGCGGCGUUGACGGCGCAGACCACCGCGUCAAGUGGCGGAAAUAUCCAAGACAAGGCAGGCGACGCCGCACCAGAAACGGAUUUACAAGCGCGGAAGAAUCAAGCCAAAGCCCGCGCAAUGGCGGCCAUGGCAAAGCAGAUGGCGGCCUUUUCCCAACUCAUGGGCGACGAAACCGAAGAAGACGAGGUUGUCGGCGACAAGGCGCAGCCGGCCCAGUUGAACAAGAGCGACGACGACGGGAAAGCAGGCAAGACGAAGCCACCGAGCACCAGUCAACCCCCAAAGCACAAGAAGCGCGGUCGAACGACGUCUGUGGACAAGGCCACCCCGGCCCCAUCCGACGAGAAUACUGCGGCGCCGAAAAAGUGGAAGCCCACGUGCAUGUUGUGCCACGACUCGAACUCGGACGACGAGUUGUGUAUGGUGGCCAUGGUACAACAGUCGACCGUGCUCUCGACGGGGUUCCGUCCGACUGCAGCCGACGCCCUGCAUCCAGACAAGGGGCGCCAAUCCCGCACCGACGUGGCGGCGUUGAUCCGCGCCAUGCAAUUGCAAAGCCGAGGGGACGACAGCCGGUCGCCGCACUUUUAUCCAAACCAUAAUUUCCACCACCACCACGAUCAGCACGACCAUCACGACCAUCAUCACGAGUCGGACGACAGCGAAAGCGACGACGACGACGACGACGACGAAGAUAGCGAGGAUGGUGGGGACGGCGCAUCCCCCCGGAUGGCAUUUGCCGACAUGUUUUGGGAUAUGGGCCAUGACGACGACGAGGUCGACGAAUUUGACGACCCCCAUCGUCACCACAACCAUCACCACCAUCACCACAAUCACCUUGCCGCCGACAAUGAAAUCGGUCGCCGUGAAGGGCAUGGUCGUGCGGUCGCCCCCGAAGCGGAAUUGGCGCGCAUGUUGGGGGCGGCGGCCGUCGCUCCGGAAGAGGACAUGGCACGCAUGUUGGGCGGUGCGUUUGAUCACGCGAUGCGGAUGCUACCGCCACGUCGCCAGCGCCAGUUUCAGUUUAACGUACAGCGGCGUAGCGGUGGCGGCCCCGCCCGCGUUUCCAAACGGAACGACGACGACGGCCUCAACCUGGUGCCGGUGGGGCUGUUUGUGCGGACGUGUCAGCACAUUGUGCACAUGAAGUGCGUCGACACGUACAUGGGCACGCUGCACGAGAAGGCCAUGCGCGGCGAAGAAUUUGAUGGGAUGCAGGCGGUCGAUGGCGACGCCCCCAUGACGCAGUUCCUCUGUCCCAUGUGCAAAGGCCUGUGCAACGUGUUGAUUCCCAUGAUUCCGUCGACCAGUCCAGCCCCUUCCUCCUCCUCGUCCUCCUCCUCUUUGUCCACUUCUUGGUUUGACAUUGUCGUCCGGCGGGACAACUCGUCGUGGAUCCAACCCAUGCACCAAACACAUGCAAACCAAGACACGCUGGCCAAGUGGAAACAAUACUACGAAGACGCAUUGUGGGAACCCCACGGUAGCUUUGAAAAGGGCGCGCCGUACCUGUGGUCUGCCUGCGCGUACACGGUCGCGUCGACGCUCGCGGAAGUGGAUGCCCUCAACGACGACGGAAGUCGCCUCCUCUCUUGUGAUGGAGACACAAUGAUGGUGUGGCCAUCGACGUUGGAGAAGGAGUAUGCGUCCAUGCAAGCGCUCGUGACGUUUACAAGGUGGUCGUUUGCGAUGGUGCACCUGACUGGCGAAUCCAAAGUUAUCUACGAAACAGUCAAGCGGUGUUGCCCUGUGGUUCAAGAAUCCAAGCGCGAGUACAAAAAGUACACCAAGAUGAUUGGGUCGUUGGAUGCGUGCAUUCGAGGAACGGUGUUAGGCUUGCUGGUUGCCGACACAUUUACGGUACACAAUCAUAUUUGGCUUCUGGAUGACAAAUGUAUCGUAGGCGUUUGUCGUGUCGAUGGUCGCCGCCGACUCGAUCGAUACGAUCGGCGAAUUGAUUCCUGUGUUUUGCGCGGCCGACAUGCUGCAGCGCCUCGGGCGUGAAUUUUUCGUGUUGGAGCCGCAGCGAGCCGCCAGUUUUUACCAAGAUGUGCCGGUCUCUGCUGCUGCUCCGAACAACGGCGUUGCAUCGUCGGCUCGAGGCGGCAGUCGCAUGCAGACUCGUCGGGGGGGCAGUAGUGCCCCCCCUGUCGUCACGGCUCGCCCCCCGCAGGACCCUGCCGUGGCCCACGCCAAGAGCUUGAAAUUGCUGCAACGUCACGUUGCCAAAGCCACCCGCCACUCGAAACACGCGCCGACUCGCCGCGAGUUGCAAGCGGUCGGGGCACUGCAGUUGGUCCUGCGCCUGUGCGAAGUUGACCCGACGCUGCGGUUGAAACCCGCGGUGGACGUUGUCGCAGUGGAUGCGAUUGUGGACCUGAACGCGCUGCUCGUGCGUCGAAUGCAUGUCGUGUACGGGUGUUUGACGGACAAAUCGUUACCGUUGCCGAUCCCGCCGCCGUCGUUCCAGGACGUGAGCCAAGUGCCGCUGGACGCGCUGCAGACGAUUUGGGAGUGGUGUGUGAUCCGAAAAGCGUCGCAGAUGGAGCUUGGGGCGGCGUCCCAAGACGCGACCAACCGAUGCGACCACGCCGAACACACGAGCGAAGCCUACUUGGCCAACAUGUUUAUCCUGCGCGACAACCGGACGGCGGCGCCGCUCGAGCUGGUUGCGCUGCCGACCCAGUACGACGAUCUCUACAGCCACCACGUCCGGCUCAAGUGCCAACGCUGCGACCGCGUCCCCCGAGAGCCUGGGCUGUGCCUCGUCUGUGGCACGCUGCUCUGCUGCGGCGAGUCGUGCUGUGCGUACUCCCAUGUCAAGGGCAACCCCCCCAUGGGAGAGUGUACGCGCCACGCGUUUGAGUGCGGCGGUGGGCUUGGCGCGGUCCUGAUGCUCCAGCAAUGCCGCGUGGUGCUGAUCGCUGGCUCCAUGGUGGCCUACUUUCCAAGCCCGUAUGUGGACUCCCACGGUGAAGAAGACCCGGGGCUGCAGCGUGGGCGGCCACUCAAGCUCGACACGAACAGAUACAACAUGCUGCAGGCGCUGUGGCGCAGCCAUCGUCUCUAUGGCGAAGUGUCUCGGCUGCGCAACCAGCGCGACAACCAACAGCCAUUGAAUCUCACAUAUAUCUAACUACCAUGUAAUACCAGCCGUCCCAUGCUAUAUCA